UUCUACCCCUUGCCACAAAACAACACGAGAAAGAAAUCAAGGAUCUACACCUGUCAUCGACCAGAUCACCCCAGUAGGGUCAAUAGACAGACUGAGUCCCAGGGAAAAAGCUGCCGGCAUCUGAGGGAUAAACCACUUUGAAGAGCUUUUACCUUAACGCUGACCUGGAAGACUUUGACUCCUGGUUACAAGGUAUUUUGGGCACCUUCAAUAUUUACCUUCACUUUUCUGGUCAAGCGUGAUUCAUGAAAUGGAACUAAAGCUGAAAAAUCAUCUACUUCUUUGCGAAUUUGAGACACUAUUGGGAUGGUCUUAAGCGCAUACAACUAGACUCUAACUGCAGCUAUGAGUUCAGACGAGAAGGGCAUAUCCCCUGCUCAUAAAACCUCCACUCCAACCCAUAGAAGUGCCUCCUCUUCAACAUCCUCCCAUAGGGACAGUCGGCAGAGUAUCCACGUACUGGAGAGGACUGCUUCCUCCAGCACCGAGCCCUCUGUCAGUCGGCAGUUGCUCGAACCAGAGCCUGUACCCCUCUCCAAGGAAGCUGACAGCUGGGAAAUUAUAGAAGGGCUGAAAAUAGGCCAAACCAAUGUCCAGAGACCAGACAAACACGAAGGCUUUAUGCUGAAGAAAAGAAAAUGGCCUUUAAAAGGCUGGCACAAGCGUUUUUUUGUCCUGGAUAAUGGAAUGUUAAAGUAUUCAAAGGCACCACUUGAUAUUCAAAAGGGGAAGGUCCAUGGAAGCAUCGAUGUCGGACUCUCGGUCAUGUCAAUUAAAAAGAAAGCUCGGAGAAUAGACCUUGACACAGAAGAGCACAUCUAUCAUUUGAAGGUGAAAUCCCAGGACUGGUUUGAUGCAUGGGUCUCCAAACUGCGUCAUCAUCGAUUAUAUCGGCAGAAUGAAAUUGUCAGGUCACCAAGAGAUGCUAGUUUUCACAUAUUUCCUUCAACCUCCACAGCUGAAUCCUCACCAGCUGCUAACGUUUCUGUUGUGGAUGGAAAGGUGCCACCAAACAGCUUUCCGUGGCAGUCCCCUUUGCCGUGCAGCAACAGCCUCCCUGCAACCUGCACGACGGGCCAGAGCAAAGUGGCAGCCUGGUUACAGGACUCGGAAGAAAUGGACAGGUGUGCCGAAGAUCUUGCACACUGCCAGUCAAACCUUGUGGAACUUAGCAAACUCCUGCAAAAUUUGGAAAUACUUCAGAGAACUCAGUCAGCACCUAACUUUACUGACAUGCAGGCUAACUGUGUAGAUAUUUCAAAGAAAGACAAGCGGGUCACAAGAAGAUGGAGAACAAAAAGUGUCAGCAAAGAUACAAAAAUACAACUGCAGGAAGGGCCGUCUGUGAAGGGACAGUUCAGCACCACUCGGCGCCGGCAGAGGCUAGCGGCAGCAGUGGCUACAACAGUCCCUUUCAGUGCUACUAUGUCACCAGUCCGCCUGCACUCCUCCAACCCCAACCUUUGUGCAGAUAUCGAAUUUCAGACUCCCCCUAGCCACCUCACCGACCCUCUGGAAAGUUCAACGGAUUACACAAAGCUUCAGGAGGAAUUUUGUCUAAUUGCACAGAAAGUGCAUUCUCUUUUGAAGUCUGCAUUUAAUAGCAUAGCUAUAGAGAAGGAGAAGCUUAAGCAGAUGGUUUCUGAGCAGGAUCACAAUAAAGGCCACAGCACGCAGAUGGCACGGCUCCGACAGUCACUGUCUCAGGCACUCAACCAGAAUGCUGAACUAAGAAGUCGGUUGAACAGAAUACAUUCAGAAUCUAUUAUUUGUGAUCAGGUUGUCAGUGUAAAUAUUAUCCCUAGCCCUGAUGAGGCUGGUGAGCAAAUCCAUGUCAGUCUCCCCCUGUCACAGCAGGUAGCCAACGAGAGCCGCCUCUCCAUGUCAGAGUCUGUCUCCGAGUUCUUUGACGCCCAGGAGGUGCUGCUCUCUGCAAGCUCAUCAGAGAAUGAGGCUUCAGACGAUGAGUCUUACAUCAGUGACGUGAGUGAUAAUAUAUCUGAAGACAACACCAGUGUUGCAGACAACAUUUCUCGGCAAAUCUUGAAUGGGGAGCUCACAGGAGGAGCCUUCCGAAAUGGCCGUCGAACGUGCCUGCCAGCCCCCUGCCCCGACACCAGUAACAUUAACCUGUGGAAUAUCUUGAGGAACAACAUUGGUAAAGACUUGUCUAAAGUCUCUAUGCCUGUGGAGCUAAAUGAGCCACUCAACACCCUGCAGCAUCUCUGUGAGGAAAUCGAAUACAGUGAGCUUCUGGACAAGGCUUCAGAAACUGACGACCCCUACGAGCGCAUGGUUCUUAUUGCUGCAUUUGCAGUUUCAGGAUAUUGCUCCACCUAUUUCAGAGCAGGAAGUAAGCCAUUCAACCCUGUCCUUGGGGAGACUUACGAAUGCAUUAGAGAGGACAAGGGAUUCAGAUUUUUCUCAGAACAGGUUAGCCAUCAUCCACCCAUUUCUGCCUGUCACUGUGAAUCCAAGAAUUUUGUGUUUUGGCAAGAUAUCAGAUGGAAAAACAAGUUCUGGGGGAAGUCCAUGGAAAUCCUGCCUGUUGGAACACUGAAUGUCAUGCUUCCAAAGUAUGGAGAUUGCUAUGUAUGGAAUAAAGUCACCACGUGCAUACACAACAUUCUCAGUGGGAGGAGGUGGAUAGAGCAUUAUGGAGAAGUAACCAUUAGAAAUACCAAAAGCAGUGUUUGCAUUUGCAAACUCACAUUUGUCAAGGUGAAUUAUUGGAAUUCUAAUGUGAAUGAGGUCCAGGGGGUCGUAAUGGAUCAGGAGGGGAAGGUGGUGCACCGGCUCUUCGGGAAGUGGCAUGAAGGGCUCUACUGUGGCGUGGCCCCCUCUGCAAAGUGCAUCUGGAGACCAGGUUCCAUGCCAACCAACUAUGAGCUCUACUAUGGCUUCACGAGGUUUGCUAUCGAGCUCAAUGAGUUAGAUCCUGUCCUGAAAGAUCUCCUUCCACCGACAGAUGCCCGAUUCCGGCCAGAUCAGAGAUUUUUGGAAGAAGGAAAUUUAGAAGCUGCGGCCGCAGAGAAACAAAGAGUGGAGGAACUCCAGAGAUCUCGAAGGCGCUACAUGGAAGAAAACAACCUUGAACAUAUACCAAAAUUUUUUAAAAAAGUCAUUGAUGCCAAUCAAAGAGAAGCCUGGGUUUCUAAUGAUACUUACUGGGAGCUGCGAAAGGACCCUGGGUUUAGCAAAGUAGACAGCCCUGUUCUUUGGUAAACUGAGAAUGUAGAGCUAGCCAACAUAUCAUGCUCUGAAUGAAUAAAUAACUAUGCACAAUUAUGUUUCCUAGAGCUCCGCGUGGUUUCUGGGUCGACUGAAAACCGACCGUUUGCUUUUCUAUUCAUCUUUAUAAUGGACUUUCAGAAGUGCAUUAGACAAGGCCCCUAACCACUUUUGGAUCCUUUCUGUUUUGCUGCAACCAUAUCCCUUAAAAAACAUCCACACCCUCCUUGAAAAGCAGAAUAAAAGGAGAAUAUCAAAUCCAAAGUCUGAAGUGUUUGUAAAGAAAACAAACUGUCACUGGUGCUUAAAGCUGAUCCAGAGAGUUUAAAGCAACAUGACAUAUAAACCACGCUUUUGGUCCUUUGUCUGGAAGCACCAUCCCCGCAUCUAGAAGCUCCUGUACCACGGCACUUGGUCAGCUUGGACUUCGAGUGUGUCCGUUUGAUGUGGUGUACUUGUGCUGACCUUGUCAAAAAAGAUGUGAUACGCCUCAGAACCCUGUUCCAUCUGUACGCCAUUGUUCAUGCCUUAAGAAAUGCAAAGAUGUACAAUAAAUCAUUUUUUAAAUGUGUGCUCAUAGGUUUAUGUGAGGGACAGCUCUUUUGAAUCACGGCAUGAUUCACUUUCUGGGCUCAGAACAAUUAUGAGACUAACGUAAGUGGAUUUUAAGAAGGUAAACUACACACGCUUUACUUUGAUAUGCUGGUGACUGUCUCCUCUCUCUGAAGGGCAAGAAGGAAAAGGUGUGCUCAGUAGAUCUCUGUAUUCACAUUGCUCGUCAAGUUCCUGUCCUGCGCCCAGAUAAUAAACCCUCUUCCGCCUAAUCUCACAGUGUGCCCUAUUCUUUGGCAAUAUCUGUAUUUGAUUUGAACACUUGGCAUCAGUGUUAAAACCGUAGACGGAAAUAACAGAAAGCAUGUGGAAUGUCUGCGUGGGCUUAGGAGUCACUGUAAACGGAACUAUUUCUGAGUGGAGCACAAUGUAACCCGCAUCUCUGUCCUGGGCCCCGGCCGUGGGCACUCGCGGAAACCCUCUGGGAACAGAAGCGAGACUACUAGUAGCUUAUUUGCAUUGUUUAAAUGAGUUCUAUGCAAAAUCAUAUUUUAUAUUUUCAUCAAGUGAUUCUGUAUGAUACGUAACGACGUAUUAGGCAUUUGCCUUGCUAUUGGCAGAGGUAAUAAAAUAAGCUAAGGAAUUUAUCCAUCCCAACAAAAGCAGGGGGGAGGGGCAGAAAUACGCUUUGCAUACUUCAGGAUUUGUUUUUUCUUCCAAUAUACAGAGGCUUUUGUAAGAAACUUGCAUCAGUGUUUCUGAGUUUCUAAUUUUAGUAUAUGUGCUGCCGAAGCGAGCACAGUGUUCCUGAGUUUCUGCACGUAGAUGACUAUAUAAAUGCCUGUAUGUUUAAAAAAAAAAAUCUCUUCAGAGUUUUUCCUAGAGAAUUAUAAAAAUACAUAUAUUUUAUUCUUAGAGUCUUACCAUCAGAUUUUAAGUGCUAUUUUAAACUCUGAUAACAAGGUUAUUGGCAUUUACAUUUUGUUAUGAGCUGUUGAUUUUAGUGUUCUUUCUCCUCAGCCAGGCGUUCCUAAUAGCCAACCCACUCUCAAACCCCAGCUGCCGCGGAGAGCGGAAGGGAAAACUCUGGAGUCUCCACUAGGUGGAGCAGUGUGUUCUGAAACUCAUCCCCCUCCUUGUAUCUGAGGCCCUACGUUAUGUGUACCGUAGGGUUUAAAGUGGAAUUUCCUUUUCAAAAGUAAGCUCCCUAAUCCAUCCCCAGAUGUAAGCAUUCCACUGGAGCAACAGCCUCCCUAGGAUUCUCAAUGCCUUUAAUUCCCAUUUUAAAUCUGUAGGUGGCUUGCCUCGAGGUAGUAAAAUUAUUUACUUGUUACUGAUCUUUUUCUGUGCAUUCGUCAUCUUUUUAUCUGCAUCCUGAGAUACAUGCCUUUAAUUUUAAUUAGAAUUUAAUUAGAAUUCAGUUGUCUUCCCCACAGAAGUCUGUUCUCCCACAGUCGGUAAAGCUUUAAAUACUAUUUAAAGGGGUUCUGGUCUGUACUUACUAGCACUUCCCAGAACAGUCUCAAAAUAUGUAGCCUAAAAAUAAGAAGAGAAUUCUGCAAAGCAAAGGUACUCGAACAGAGAAGCGGGAAGGUGAGGCAUUAGGUGACCAUGGGUGUAUCAGUCAGACAGCUGAAAGAGGACCCAGGGCCCAUCAGGGAAGCAACUACCAUACCUGGCAUUCGGGCUGAAAUUGAGAAAAAGAGUAACUACUAGAAAGGACCUUCGCUAGAUAAGUUCAAGCUACAAAUCAAGUAGGUAAAUGUUGGUCAGAGCUAACCUGAAACUCUGAUUAGGAUUUCAAGAUGAGAAUGAGAAGAAUGUCACAUUAAUGAAAAGCACCACAUUUAAAAAUAUCCCAGAUUUAGAAUCUCUUUUGAGAUCCAGAUAUCCUGAUUAGACUCCUAAUUCAAGCCUUCAAUUAAGUUUUAGAUAAUAUUCCUAUAAUACCUGAUUCACAAAUCUCCCUAUUAAGUAUUCGUGCCCAUGUAAUGGUCUCAUCCCUUGCCACCCACCCCCUGCCCCACCCCCCUUUCUUUUAACUUUUGAUUGAUACCACGGUUUUAGAAUAGUGAGACUUACUCUGUUUGGGAUUUUCAUCCGCAUAAUUUGGGGGCUUUUGAGACUAGUUUAAACAGCAAAAGAAUAGAAUAAAUAUUAAAUCAUUCCUGAUAAAACCUGACUUAUUUCUUAGAAUUUUAUGUGAGCCUCUUUGUUUCAAGGGUACUUUUCUUAUUUGUCUUUCCCCUCAAACAAUCUAAACUAGAGGAAGACUUAAUAUGUCUUCAUACCUCCCCCGUGAUUUAUUCAUCAACUCCUUCAUCUUUCUGAGCUGGUCACUAAGGAAAGCAGUAAUAAGUGAUGAUGGUCUUGUGGACGUGGCUGGACUGAGCAGGUCGACGGCCCCCACCAGCACUCACAGAGGCCGACCAGGAACUAAUUGUUUUGUUUCCAUAUGCUGCCACACACGGUGCAGAUUUACUCUCAGAUUUUGCUGUUAUUGUUUUGGUUUGUUUUUAAUUAAGUCAUUAUUUUUCAUGUGUUACUUACAAGUACCCCAUAAUUUCCAGGCAGUUGUAAAAAUAAACCUCAUUUAAGAUACCUUUUAAUAUUGCCUAUCAAUUACAUGUGACAUAAAAACUACCAAAUGUAUUUUCCGAGGAAGAGAAACCAAGGGGCUGUCAAUACAAAGGAUGCCAGGUUGCUGAUUUUCCAAACUUUUGCUCCUCUUCCAUCAUUCUGGUCCCGGUGCCUUUCAGCAAUCCCACUAACCAACCAAUCGUUAGGGAUUAAAGAGGAACCUGAUCAAUGGUUUGCUUAGUGGCUGGAGAAGACUUUAUAAUCAUAAUCUAAUGUAUAAGUUUGUUAUUACAAAAAUUAAUUAUCCAUCUUGUCUAAUCUUGUUCCCUGUCAUCCUAGAUAAUGAAGUGUUUGGGGGAGCAGAGCUCCUCACACACCAGGGGGUGUAAUAAAUGUUUGCACUUGGCUCAAGUCAUUAUAGUAUGAAUGUGGCACAGUAAAUAAAGUUUGUGUACAAAAUACCAGUUUAUUUCUAUGGGAGCCAUUAUGUUCAGGAUAUAUAUAAUGUAUCUAAUUAAACAAUUAUGCAUCUA